AGUGAGUAUUAUGGGAUGUCUUCUCGACUCUUUCCAAAAUGGCGGAAGAGUUUGGACCACGUUACGGGAACAGAGGAGGUGGAUUUUUCGAUCAAUUCGGAGGAGAAAACCGUGACCGAGGAGGCGGUAGAAAUCGCGGUGGUCGUGGAUCUGCACCGUUCCCAACAGAACCCCCUUUCACGGCCUUUGUAGGGAAUCUUCCACCAAAUACUAUCCAAGGAGAUCUCGAUCAGAUUUUUGAAGGAUUAAAGAUCCGCAGUAUUCGAUUGGUGAGAGACAAAGAAAGUGAUAAAUUUAAAGGAUUUUGUUAUGUUGAGUUUGAUGAUGCAGAUUCCCUACAAGAAGCCUUGACAUUUGAUGGCUGUUUCUUAGGUGGAUCUGAAAGGUCCCUGAGAGUUAAUAUUGCUGAACAAAAAAGAGACAACAGAGAUAGAGGACGAGGAGGAGGGCGUGGUGGGCACAGAGGAGGCUAUGGCGGACACGACAGAGGCUUUGAAGACAGAGGUGGAAGAUAUGGAGGAUUCGAUGAUAGAGGAGGGCGACGUGGAGGACAUGGAGGAGGAUUUGGUGACUGGUCUGAUGGAGGAAGGGGAGGGCCUCCACGAGAUAGAGGCAUGAGGGGAGGUGGACCCCACAAUCAAGAAAAUUUUGAAGAAUUCAAAGAGCCAUCACCUGAGGAUUUAGCAAGAAGACCAAAGCUGAAACUCAAACCUCGUACAGUCAAGAAAGAGGAGGUGGAUGAAGUUGCAAUGUCAACUGAAAGAUUAAAAAUAUUUGGAGGAGGGAAGCCUAGGGUUGAGCAGGCUGUUGAAAAAAAGGAAGACGCAAAUCCAGAAACCAAUCCAGAAACUGGUGAAGAAAAGCCUUCUGGCUAGAUUUGAAGCUCAAAUUAACUUUGGAAAAAGCUGUCUCCAUAUAUUUUAUGCUAUGAAAGUUCUGAUGAUAUUAGCUCAAGGCCACGAUGGGCAUUUCGAAGUAUUUGCAAUAAAAUCGAAAAACCACACAAUAAACUAUGGUCCACAGAAGUAUCCAUUAAAAAUGUCUUGUCUUUAGGCUUUCAGAGCUACAAAUACAAGAUACAGGAUUUGUCUUGUCACUUGUAUGUAUGCUAGCUUUCUGGAUUUUAUAUAAUCCAUUUUGAAUACUACAUGUAUGUCAAUAAGUCUAGGCUCUGUCCUUGAAACAUUUCUUUAUUAUUUUGAAUGUGUGCAGCCUGUAUUUAUACUCUGAAUUAAACUCUACAGGUUUGCAUUCAUAAAGAAUUAUUUUAGUAUUUUUAUGGUUGUGCUAUUGUUUAGAUAUUUAUGACUAUUAUUGUUCAAUAUGUAUUGCAGAAAGGGAGCUGGGCUGAAGAGGAUUUGGGCUUCCCCACCUUUUGUUAAUAUUUACUAAAUUUUCAAGUCUCAGUUCCAACUUUUAGUCUGCUUUGUUUUGAAAUGGACUACAUCGACAAUACAGUGGCCAUCUUUCCAUGGGGCAAAACAAAGCCAAGAUGACAGAAAAUAUAUAGUUUCAUGUGUUUGUCUUUCUUUAUGGGUAAAGAUGAUCCAUGAGCCAUGCUAAUCCAUCUUUUGUCAUAAUCUCCAGUGGUGAGCUGAUAAUAUCAAUCAAUGUCAUUACCGUAAUAGAUUCAUUUGUCUAUAAUGCUCCAUAAUGCCUUGCAAUCCAAAAUGACCACUAUAUUGUCAAAGUAGUCCAUUUUAACCCUCCCCCAACAUUCAAAGGUAUUCCAUGGUUCUCCAAAAUUUUGCUAAUAUUGUUUACAGCAUUUGACAUCUGUCAAUCACUUUGAGACUCCAAGAAACCUUUAUACAGCAUAAUAGAAAUUUAAUUUUCCUUGUAUUUUUCUUGAGCCUUAUUUAUGACUGCUUGUGACAACCAAAACUGUCUUUAGUGACUGGGCAACAAGGUCAUGGAGUUUCAAUGGUAAUCGUCAUAAAUAUACACAUCUAGCACAUAGAAGUAGUAUAAAUAUAUUUUCAAGGGCAGUAUAAGUUAAUGUUUUUUUAAACUAUUGGUUCUAAUAAAGCUGUUUUGUUUUAAGCAUA